AUGCAAGGAUUCCGUAACUAUAGCAUCGAUGCACAUGCACUGCAACAUCGCGACACUAAUAGCUCACUGGCGGUGGAUCUAAUGGCGGCUCAUCAAUAUAAUACGAAGUCCUCUCCUCCAUUAUCGCCUCUAAGUGACUGCACCAGUCCAUCGUCGGAUCAUGGCGGCAGCCAACAACAACCACCGUUGGAUCCGUCUGUCCGGCGCUACCGCACGGCGUUCACGCGUGAUCAGUUGGCGCGUCUGGAAAAAGAGUUCUACAAAGAGAACUAUGUCUCGCGACCGCGUCGCUGUGAACUAGCUGCUCAACUCAGCCUGCCCGAAUCUACGAUUAAGGUGUGGUUUCAAAAUCGUCGCAUGAAGGACAAGCGCCAAAGAAUAGCAGUCGCUUGGCCCUACGCAGCGGUUUACUCUGAUCCUGCUUUUGCUGCGUCGAUCCUGCAGGCAGCAGCCAACUCGGUCGGUAUGCCUUAUGGAUAUCCACCGGCUCCGGCGAUGCUGACCCAGAUGACGGUUCUUCCUCCUCCAGUGCCUGGUGCCCCGGGAAUACCAGCGAGCACGCAUGCCUUCACUUACGGUUAUCCGCGGUACACUCCGUACGCUAUUCCUCAUCAGCGUACGCCGGCUGCCCCGCUCUCAGCUAACGUACCGAACCCUGGACCGUAUCCCGGCGUUAGCAUGCUGGGAACCGCAUUGCCCUCUUCCUAUAGUGGACCACACGGAGUCCCAAAAACCCAUACACCGCCGCUGGAAACCUCUCACGCAAGUCCUGUCGCCUCGCCGCAAUCGGCCAUUUCCCUGAGUCCUGUUUCCGAUCGGUCGAAACUCGAUACGUCCACUUUGACCUCAAACUCCAGCAAUUCCAGUGCCAGCCCGAUCAAGUCGUUGAACGGUUCGACAAAAGGUCUUUUGCUCGCCGCUGCCGCAUCCGUUCAUGAGUCGUCACCCAAGUCGUGCCAGACUACCUUACUCCCCGUGACGCCUGAGAAACCCAAACUAUUCAAACCCUAUAAAUCAGAAGCAUAA